CAGAAAAAAAAGAUUUCUUUAUUUUAUUUUAUAAAAACAUAAACUCAACAAACACUGAGGUAGCCUACUGCUGCUGUGAUCUGUUCCCUUGCUUGGAGUUGUAUCCUGCAGAUUGGUUUAGACUGGGGCAGAGACAUGAGCUAAUUGUAUCCUGAUCUUUGCCUUGAGGGGUUUCGGAGCCCUGGAGCAAGUAUUCUCUGUAUUUUGUUCUGUCUACCUUAGCCAAGCUAUUGCAUUUCUCACUGGUGUAGGAAGAGAAGCAGCUCGUGGGCCAAAUCGGACGGAAAAGGUGCACAAAAAGAUACUUUAUGCCUCUCUAUGUAUCAGGAUAAUCGCUGCAGUAUGUCCAGGCCCAUGAUCACACGAUCACCGGUGUCUCCCUUGAGCAACCAGGGCAUCCCAGCACCUGCACAGCUCACCAAAUCCAAUGCGCCUGUGCACAUUGAUGUGGGCGGACACAUGUACACCAGCAGUCUGGCCACCUUAACCAAAUUCCCAGAAUCCCGAAUCGGUCGUCUCUUUGAUGGCACAGAGCCUAUAGUCCUGGACAGCCUGAAGCAGCACUACUUCAUUGACAGGGAUGGACACAUGUUCCGCUACAUCCUCAACUUCCUCAGGACGUCCAAGCUCCUCAUCCCAGAAGACUUCAAAGACUUCAGUCUGCUGUAUGAGGAGGCCCGGUACUUCCAGCUGCAGCCCAUGCUUGCUGAGUUGGACAACUGGCGCCAUGAUCAGGAUCUGAGCCGGGUGUCGCGCCCCUGCGAGUGUUUGGUGGUGCGAGUUGCACCUGACCUGGGCGAGAGGAUCACGCUCAGCGGUGACAAAGCCCUGAUUGAAGACGUGUUUCCGGAAAUUGGUGACGUCAUGUGCAACUCCGUGAAUGCUGGGUGGAACCAUGACUCCACGCACGUCAUCCGAUUCCCACUUAAUGGAUACUGCCACCUCAACUCUGUGCAGGUUCUAGAGCGUCUCCAACAACGUGGUUUCGAUAUCGCCGGCUCCUGUGGCGGCGGCGUUGAUUCAUCCCAAUUCAGCGAGUACGUCCUGAGGAGGGAACUGAGGAGGACGAGUCAGCGAGGAUCCAAUUCAAACAGGAUAAAGCAGGAGCAGCUGGACUAGAAACUUCCCGAGCAGCAGGAGGUGCUAGACUUUUCUGUGGCAGCCAAACGCUUGAAGCUGCAGAGCUCUGAGGACUCACUUUUUCUUCGUUUCCUUGUUGAUGUUUUUGUUUUCUUAAACUUGAGAACCAUCUAAAAUAAAAAUGAAAUGCAACAGGAGAUUUUUUGCCAUAAGAAGAGACAAGACAUUUGAUAAGUUUGAGAUUGCAAGGACAUUUUUGAAUGUCUAGCCCCCCAUAAACCAAUUUAAAAAGGGAUUUAUUUACGGUAGAUCCCAAAACAAAGUUUGUUUUAAAACUUGGAGCCUACAUUAGGUUGAAUAUGAUUUCUAUUAUACCCUUAUAAAUUUAAAAAAGGCUUUUAUUUCUUAUGUAGUAUGUGACAUUACGUGUCACCAGUGACUUGGUUUUGAUGUCUCACUGGCAAAUUGGCUAAGUCUGUUUUUAUCCCUUGCUGUAAAAAGGUCACUAAUAUGUGACAGUACAGAAUGUCUCAGUUGUCAUAAACAGUUAGUUUCAACAAAGCAUAAUUUUUCACAAAUCACAUGAUGUUGAAUAUUGUGAUACCAAUGAAGUGUUUUCUUUUUUUACUUGAAAGUUUUUUUUUUGAUUAUGCCAUAACAUAUAGUUGACAUUAGUGCCAUCAAAGUUAAACCUCAAAGAUAGGUUUCUAUACGCAGAAAAGAAAAUAAUUUAGUAAAUUAUAAUAUCACAGCAUUGGCCUCAUUGGGGAGUAUGAAUACUAGCCCCCAUGUGCUACUUUGGGGAUCAUUUAAUUGGAUCAUAAUAUUCCUCAGAGUCAUGACCUGUAAACUCUUCAUUGUAUACGUGUUUGUGUUUUUUACAUUUAAUCUUUUUAAAACAAAUGUGUUGCCUGGACAAGACUGAACAGAUUAAAGCUUAUUGUACUACCCACUCCAAGAUCACUUUUACUCGUAGCACAUAUUGAUAUGAAGUUGGAUAUAAAGUAUUUCUAAGAUGACUGACCCACCUACGCUCCCUAGAUUUGAGUAAAGAGGAAUGUAGCACAAAAUGUGAAAUAAAUCUCAACUACAGUUGU